AUGUAUCUCCGCGCUGUUCACGCUGAGCAGAGCAUACCUGCACUGCGCAAGCUCAUCCGCGACUUUCCCCUCGGCAUCCUCACCACAGCGAUCUCUUCCCCCACAUACCCUCUCAUCCAGUCCAGUCACAUCCCUUGGGUUCUCGAUGUCGAAGACGAUGCUAGCGAAACCGAGCUCGGCGUCCUACGAGGCCACCUUGCACGCGCGAACCCGCAGAGCAAAGCCAUAAUCGAGUCAUUGUCGGUCGAAGGCCGCACGGGAACCGGGAAUGUCCUUGACCAGGAGGUCAUGGUCCUCUUCACCGCGCCUACACACCACUACGUCACACCGAAGUUCUACACCGAAACCAAACCGACAACAGCAAAGGUCGUGCCGACCUGGAACUAUGCUGCCGUUCAAGCCUAUGGACGCGCGAAGAUUUUCUACGAGUCUAAGGCCGAGGAAACUCAAAAGUUCUUGGGAAAGCAGAUUGACGACCUCUCUCGCAUGGGCGAGACCUCAAUAAUGGGCUACACGGGCAAAGGCGACCGGCCAGGGCCUUGGAAAGUUUCUGAUGCGCCGGAGCGCUAUAUCGAGCUAUCUAAGAUGGCAAUCAUCGGCAUUGAGAUCACGAUCGAUAGGCUUGGAGGAAAGUUCAAGAUGAGUCAGGAGCUAGGCGACGGAGAUCGUGAAGGUGUUAUCAAGGGAUUCAAGGCACUGGGUACUGAUUUGGGUGAUGGCAUCGCCGACAUGGUGAAGGAACGUGGAGAGCUUAAGGCAAAGGCGAAGCAAUGA